CCAACCAUCCAUCCACCUAGUCAGACAGUCAGACAGUCAGUUAGUCAAUCUUCAUUUCACCAAUGAAUAAGGCUUGUUUAUCUAAUAGAUAUAAACAAAAAAUAAUAAAACAAGCUUUAAAUGCUAAUUUUAUACUACUCUAUCAACCAGCACCAAAUUCCUUCAUUAUUAUACAAAAAUCUGAUCACAUUCCUGGGGAUCAUGAGAUAAAAGAAACUGAUCAAGAAAAAAUAGUGGAACCCACUACUACAACAGCAUCAUCUUUGAUCAAUCAUUGUUCUUGUAAUAAUAUACAUGAAUUACAAUCAACACUAAAACAUAACUGUCGUCAACAUCGACGAGAACCAACACUCAACACCAGCAAGGUGUUGUUCUACGUCAACGUUAUCGUGUUGUUAUUGGACCACAAAUAUGUAAUUGUCAAAAUGAAUUGAUGCCUGAAUCAGGAUUAAUGACGACCACGACGAUGAUGGCGAUGAAAGAACCAUGUAUUCAUUUAUUAUUUGUUAUGUUACAUAUCCUUAAAAUACCUAGUGAUGAUAUACACUUAAUGGUAAUACCAUUGCCAAGUUCUAAAGCUGAAUUUUGGAUUGAAAACUAUCGAAAUUAUCGUCAAUCAAUUCGACAAUCUUAUACAAAAAAUAAAAAGCAUUCAUCAACGUCACUAUCAACAACAUCCUCAUCAUCGAAUACAGCAAAAAGUAAUGAAAAUUCACCAGAAUUAUCUAAAUUCUCAGAGAAAUUAUUAUUAUUAAAUAAUAAUAAUAAUGAAUUUGUAUCCAAUACACGUUUAAUUAUUCCUCAACCAAUUCGUCAUGAACAAAGUCACACCACACCACCACCAGCAACAACAGGCCAACAAUUUAUCUCAUUUACGCACUAUUAUCCAUCCAAAUACGUUUGAUUCUACAGAAUUAUCCUCAAUUACACAAGAUAUUAUCCCAGUGUCUAGAAGAGAAAUUGAAAGCUCUACUGGUAGUGGUGGUGGUGCUAGUGGUGGUUGCAGUACAUGUUGUGAUCCAAGUACUUCAUAUAAUACAACAGUAACUUCAAGAACCAGUUCUAUUGAUAGUAUAGAAAGUUGUAGAUUGGAUUCAUCCAAUAGCCGAUUGAAUGACUUUCAUCAUCCCCUUCCUCUUCCUCCUCCUCAGCAGCAGCACCAGUAUCAUCAUCGUCCUCACCUUCCAC